UAGCAAGCUUGCUUGGGCAGUGAGGGAGAGCCAUGGACAUUGACAAGCGGCAGCCGUUGCUGCCGCAUUUCCAGGUCAAGACAGGAGGACCAGGGGAUACCCCGUGGGCUGGGUCUGACAACGGACCGGCAGGCGCGACGCUGGAGCCAUACAUGGCGCUUCAGGAUGAGGAUUGCGCACCGAGUCCGGUCAAGUCGCGGCAGCAAGAGCGCCACGACGCGGCCUUGGAAGGAAUCGAGAGGCACGUGAAAGCUGUGAACUUCCAGAUGAACGUGCUGGCAAUCGUGUUCUUCCUCUUUUCAGGUCUGCUCGUUUGGGCCUGGUACUAUGACCAGCUGCCACCGGACCAGCAGGCGGAGGCGUACCAUCUUGCUGUGCAAGUCUCCAUUCCAGUGGUGGCGCUUUUCUUUACCUGGUUUCACAUUUGGCUUGCCAUUCAGAUGAUGUUCUUGCCUCUGCAUUUCAUCGGCGUUUGGCAGUACAAGGAUACAGGUGUUGGUGUUGGCUGGCAGGGCGUCGUCCCCAGGAAGUGCAUGAAGAUGGCCAAGAUGGCGUUCCAGUGCGCGAGGCCAUACCUGAUGGGACCACGAGACUGGUUCAAGCGCGUAGACACCACGGUGCUGUUUGCCAAGAUGCAUCCGAUGCUCGAGCGGGUCGUUCGAGCAACCAUCAACAGUGUCUCCCGGCGCCACUUCCCUGCCAUCCUUGUGGACGGCUCACUGCCCAGCCGUGUCGAGGAGGAGUUGGUGGUCUUGGCCAUGGAGCAGGUAGAGGAAACCUUUCCAGAGAUGUGGGCGAAGAUUGUGGAUUUGCUCUGCGACGCGGAGCGAGGUCUGGACAACGAUGGCAUGAUCGUCAAGGUUUUCACCUCGAACAAGGAGCUGUUGAAUCAUUUCUUCCUCUCCUUGGGCGAGAAGGAGUUCCGCUUCAUCGAGAGAUGCGGGGCCGCCUUGGGCUUCAUCUGCGGCUGCGUCCAGCUGUUUGCCUUCAAUCACUUGGAUGCAAAAGGCCGGAUGAUUCUGCUACCAGGGACGGGCUUCUUCCUGGGCAUUUUCACCAACUGGUUGGCCAUCCAGAUGUGCUUCAAGCCUUGCUUUCCUCGGCCUGUUUAUGUGUGCGGCAAGUACUUGGGCAGCAUACAGGGCCUUUUCCUGAAAAGGCAGAGGCGGGGAUGUGCGCCGUGA